GCCCAACAGAAUAAAUAGCAGGCGUCUUGUCUCCAUCACCAUCAGUUCCACUCAGUUUUACCUCGAAUCAACCAUCCAGCACCAUGCUCUGCUCCAGGCUUGGGAUCACACUGCUGCUCGCAGCAACAUGUUCACUGCUGGACUCAGGCUCUUCCGCCGGUCAUGGACACAACGAAUGCGCAAACUGCGAACACAGCGUGACGUGUGAACGCACUCUGGCAAACCUGCAGUGUGAUGAUGAGGAGGUCCUGUUCAUCUCUAGUGCCGUGUACGGACGCGGCGACAACACCACAUGUUCCUCUGGAAGAUCUGCCAGUGAGCUCGGAAAUGUCAACUGCUCAAGUGAAGUCACCGACAAAGUAGCUGAAAGAUGCAACGGGAAAAGCAGCUGUAUCGUCGGCGGGUUCAACUUGAUGUUCGGAGACCCCUGUGUCGGCACCUACAAGUACCUGGACGUGUCCUACACAUGUCAAUCCCGCUGUGUCACGUGUGAACGCACUCUGGCAGAGCUGAAGUGCGAUGAUGGGCAGCAAUUGAUUAUCCACGGUGCUACGUACGGACGCGGCGACAACACCACAUGUUCCUCUGGAAGAUCUGCCAGUGAGCUCGGAAAUGUCAACUGCUCAAGUGAAGUCACCGACAAAGUAGCUGAAAGAUGCAACGGGAAAAGCAGCUGUAUCAUCGAAGGGUUCAACUUGAUGUUCGGAGACCCCUGUGUCGGCACCUACAAGUACCUGGACGUGUCCUACACAUGUAUAUCCCGCAGCACCACGUGUGAACGCACUUUGGCAAACCUGCGCUGUGAUGACGACAUGGUCUUGUCGGUCUAUGAUGCUUUCUAUGGACGCCGUGACAACACCACGUGUGCCCUUGGAAGGAGUUCAGCUGAGCUCGCAGAUGUCAACUGCUCAAGUCAAGUCACUGACAUAGUAGCUCAAAGAUGCAACGGGAAAAACAGCUGUUUGAUCCUAGGGUUUAACUCUAAGUUUGGAGACCCCUGUGCUGGCAUCUACAAGUACCUGGACGUACUCUUCUUCUGUAAAGAGCUUGCCAAAUGAAGGAAAUCCCCUGAAAUCGCAGUGACAGCACAAUUUUCCUGCUUUGAAAAUAAAUGCAUGCUUAUCUAAUCAAAUAAUCAACCAAUAAAAUUUCAAAUUAACAAUAUGACAAAGAACGUUUGGAUUCUUGGUGUGUCCGGGCCAGCCAGGCGUGGACGAGAUUGUCCAAACACUUGGCCAAGUGUUUGGACAAGUGUUUGGACAUCAAGAAAGAGAUCAAGAAAGAGAUCAAUCUAAAUGAAAAACUAUUGUUUUAUUGUGACUUUUGAAUAAUUCUCUUUGCUGUAGUUGCAGUUUGACUGUUUCUCUUCUGUUUUCCCAGAGCUAUACAAAUAAACAUUCUUUAGCAUUGA